CCGCUUCUUUCUGGCGGGCCGGGUGCGGCCAUGGAGGGCGAGCCGCCUCCUGUGGAGGAGCGGCGGCGGCUGCAGCAGGAGCUUAGCGAGUUCGUGGAGAGCUGCUGCCGGACGCUGGAGGAGGUGACGGCGUCCCUGGGCUGGAGCCUGGAUCGGCUGGACCCCGGGGAGGAGGGGGCGGCAGAGGAUGACGUUGUGAUAUGCCCCUAUGAUUCCAAUCAUCACAUGCCUAAAUCAUCUUUAGCAAAGCACAUGGUAUCUUGUAGAUUGAGGAAACUGGGCUAUACCAAAGAAGAAGAGGAUAAAAUGUAUAAUUCUGAUUUUUUCUAUGAGAAUGUGAAGAUACCUUCAAUUACUUUGAAUAAGGACUCACAAUUCCAGAUAAUUAAACAAGCUAGAACUGCAGUUGGAAAAGAGGGUGAUUGUUAUAAUCAAAGGAUUUAUUCUUCAUUACCUGUUGAAGUUCCUCUGAAUCACAAACGGUUUGUUUGUGAUCUAACACAAGCUGAUCGUCUUGCCCUCUAUGAUUUUGUAAUGGAGGAGACGAAGAAAAAGCGCUCGGAUUCUCAAAUUAUUGAAAAUGACAGUGAUCUCUUUGUAGACUUGGCUGCCAAAGUCAAUCAAGAUAAUAGUCGAAAAAGUCCAAAGUCUUACCUUGAAAUCCUAGCAGAAGUGAGAGAUUAUAAAAGAAGACGCCAGUCCUAUAGAGCUAAGAAUGUUCACAUAACCAAGAAAUCAUAUACUGAGGUGAUUCGGGAUGUCAUAAAUGUGCACAUGGAAGAACUCAGUAGUCAUUGGCAGGAAGAGCAGGAAAGACCAGAGGAUGAUGCUGAAAAGAAUGAAGAAAGGCGAUCGGCUUCAGUAGAUUCACGGCAGUCUGGUGGGAGCUAUUUGGAUGCUGAGUGUUCACGACAUAGAAGGGAUCGGAGUAGGAGUCCACAUAAAAGAAAAAGAAAUAAAGAUAAGGAUAAAAACUGGGACUCAAGAAGAAGGAAAGAGAGGGAUGGGGAAAGACACCAUAGUCAUAAAAGAAGAAAACAAAAAAUAUAAAUGAGGUAUUUGUGCAUGUAUUAAUUAUGCUUAUGCCAUGAUAACCAAUAUGCCAAUAUUUUAAUUACAAUUGCUUUGAGUAAAAGAAUGUGUUUCUAUGACUUGUUUAGUGCUCAGAUUAUUGAUUUUCAGUAAGUACUUAUGUUUCUAACCAUGAGUACACUAUCAUGCCCUAUAAUUUUGUUUUACUUAUAUUUUAAUAGAUGAUUGCUUCCUAUUACUGAUUUUGUUUCAUUCUUUGUGAUAGUUUAUGUAUCAGAAAAUUCUGUAAUUAAAGUCCGUACUUAAGCUAUAUAAAUAAUACACAAAUACAUUUGCAUUAAAAAAAAAAUUAAACCUUUCAGUUAGGUUAAUGUCCCCUUGGAACACCACCUAUAAGCCCUGUGGCCACCCCAGGAACUACUAUUUACCACUAUACUGGUAAAUUGUAAUAGGGAAAGACGACUUACAUAUCUGUGAGAAGGGAAAUGGCCUGGUUAAAUAAAAUAUGGAAUAGUCGUGUGAUUACUAUAUUGGACCUAAAAGAAAGAAACUUUAUCGAGAUUAACAUGGAUAGAUCUCAGAAAUAUAAUGCUGAGUGAAAGUAACAAGCUGAAGAAAGAUAGAUACAAGUUAUACUUAUGUACAAUACAAUACUAUACAUUUUCUGUGACCGUAUAUGUAUGUAAAUACAUUUUUAAGGGUUUAGAAGAACCCAUACCAAAUUCAUAAUAGUGAUUAUUUGGGGGAGGAGUUAUAGAUGGGAGAGGUUAGGAGUGAAAACCAGGAUUGAGAAGGUGGUCGAAGAAGAUUUUAGCUUUUAUCCAUAAUACAUUAAUUUUUAAAAAUCAGAUGCUUAUGUUUCACUUGUUAAUUAAAAUUAGAUUUUAAUUAAAAUUAAAAAUACACUGUAUUUUCUUUCAUGUAAAUCAUUUUUAUUGAGGUUUACUGCUUCUAUAAAAUAAAAUACAUCCAUUUUAAGUGUAAGUUUCAUUGACUUUUGACAAACUUUUACCCCUGCCAACAAAAUCACCUUAAUCAAGAUAGAGAACAUUUCCAUCAUCCCCAAAAGUUACCAUAUGCCCCUUUUACCAGGCAGUUUCUCUGCCCCCCCUCUAGGCAACCACAGACUGGUUCUUGUUGCUGUUGAUUAGAUGUAUCUUUUUUAGAAUUCAUAUAAACAGAAUCCUACCAUACAUACCUUCUUCUACUCCACGUGUUUUUAGAUCAAUCCAUGUUGUAUGCAUCAGUCGUCCCUUUCUUUUUCUUAGUAUAUUCUGUUGUUAUGAUGGAUCACCCAGGUGAGACUUAAGCAUUAAAUGUUAAUCAUCUCAUGUCUAAUAGCAACAUCAUGAUUCUUGGAUACCCAGGAUAAAGACUCCAGGGUGGGUUCCAAAUAGAAAUGAAACUUUAAUUAUUUCAAUAAGUGACUGAUAAUGACACAAAGGUUGACUGGAUUUAGAUCAGAUUGGCUGUUAGGCUUCAGGUAUGAGAAACAACUCUCAGAUUUAUAAGUUGGAAAUCAACUGUUCACUUGCCAAUUUGAAGUCUUAUUACUGCUGUUGUACUUAAUUUCUAAAUAUAUAAAAUUCAGAUUUAAAAAUCUUAAGGAUUUUGGCAUUAUAAUGUUGAACCAUGUAAAAUUGCUGCUUUUGUGGGUCAAAACCGUUUGAAUUACCAGCAAUUUUAUAUAUUGUAACUUAAUUUAUCAUUUUGUUUUUCAAUACGAUUUCAUUGAUUUUGCUGAGUGGAAGAAACUGAAGAGUAAGAUUGAAAGGCAUACUUGGGUUUCUAGUAGAAGAGAGAAAUAAGUGGAAAGGAGAAGUGGGGUGGUGGGAUUGGGGAAAAGUAGGAUAGUAUGGAAAAAUGUAACCAGAGUGCCCAUUUUAGCAGCACAUAUGCUAAAAUUGAAAUAAUACAGAGAAUAAUACAGAGAAGAUUAGUAUGGUUUCUGGGCAAGAAUGACACGUAAAAUGUAACCAGGGUUCUUUACAGAUUUUUAAGUAUAAUAUCAACUACUGCGAACUAUCCAUUAAAAUAUAGAUGUAGAUGAUAAGAGGCUUUGUUUGAUCCUUGCAUGUUUUAAUUUUCCAUGCUUGCCUCUUUAUGUUUCAGACUCUUUCACUGGAUUAUGGCUCCUUGAGAGCAGGUUUUACAUUUUUAUCAAUAUAACCCCCCACAGUGGUUGUCAAUUUAUUAUCUUAAAUUUUGACAAAAGCAUUUGCAAGCCCCUGUCAUUUAAUAUCUAAUUUUUGAUUCAUAAAGUACUGAUAUUAAUAAUUACUAUAACUGUUACCCAUUUUACCUGUUUAUUUAAUCCUAUUUCUGAUGGUACCUUCUUGCCUACAUUUAUGAUCUACUGGCUAUAACAAUAUUCUCUCCUGAAGUCUUUUAAAAGCACUAAGGAUAGCUAACAUUUAUUGAGCACUCACUAUGUAGCAGACUCUGUUUUGCACAUACACAAACACACACA